CACGUGGUGUGUAGGGUGAGUAAUGGAGGCGACCUUCUCGACACCACGAAUCAUGGAGUCGAUGUUCUCGACACCACUAACCAUGAGUCCCGAGACGCACAUUCGCUUGGCAGAACUGUUUCGUCCUUGCGCGAGAUCCGUGCGGUAUUUUAACGGUGUAACUACGAUCCACGGAGCGACCGCAGAGGACUUCGACGAGGACCCCUUGAUGACCGUCAUCCCGUGCAUGGGACGACAUAUUGACGGUUGGUGCGAUGGGAAUUGGGCCACGAUGGAGAGUCGCUGUCCUUGGGCAAGCCAGUACAAGUUCGCCAACAUGUUGGAGUUCGGGAACCUCAUGCCGGUGUCUGACGCUGUCCUCGGACACAAGUUCUUGAAACUGGGCUGCAUUAGUCGCCAUUUCAGCCGCCUCGAGUGCCACUACGUCAGGUCGUCGCCACGAACUUGGGGAGGCCCGCGGAAACAAGAGUUGGUGGACUGCGCUCGCCACUGCUCCUUCCUAGAGCAGUACCCGCUCUGGUGCCCCGAGAAUUCUCCACAAGCUGUGUCAUACUGUUGUGUGCGAUUGACUGUGUCCGGGACUGAUUUCGCCAGAGUUCUAUGUAUCGCUGCUUCGAACAUGAGCAGGAAACUCGUCGAUGCAGUUAUGCUUGUAUCACGGAACGAGGUGGUGAUUGAGGGGUCCAAAUUCGUGCGGACGCGCGGGCCUGAAAUUCAACAGCCGUGUGGUCCUGUGAUCUUCGUCGAAGCCAACAAGCGCCGCAGGGUUCUGGGGGCUGUCUUGUGGUGGGAGAAUGCGAAAGACAGUCGUCGAUGGUUCUACAUGAAAAAUGUGUACGGUUCGAAGGGGAACGUCGUCGCCGGUGCCAAGGGGGCAGUUCUCGACAUGUGUCUGUUCGAGGGGUUCGGAGCGGGUGCUGCGAACACCCCGUUUUGCAACGACCUCCGGCAGCAGGGCGGGUUUGUUUUGGGUCGAGAGUUCUUCGACUUAUUGGAGGACAAGGACAUCGCCCUCGACGUCCCUUGCGAAGUCGGUCCCGACCUGGAACUGUCAAUGCCUUUGCAGCCGUGCGGCGGUUGUGAGUCGAGCGGGGCAGCGGGGGAGAGGGGGGAUCUGGGUUCCGGCGAGGCUACACAUGUGCAGCGGGAGGAUGCAAGAGGUCAGCUUGACAACAGCGAAGAUGAGGUGACACCAGCUCCGCCGUUUUCAUCGUCGAGGGAAAGAGACCGGUCCGUGCUGUCUAUACCUGGGGUCCGGCUACAGACCCCGGUUCGACAAGAGGUCGCAGCGGAUUCUGGAGAAGAGGCAGUCCAAUGUGGGUCCGACUUGGAGCCCGCCGAGGGCCAUGACGCGGACGACAAGGGCGGUGAGGGAGCGCAGGGGAGGGGAGAUUGUGAAGAGGACUUGGACAACAAGAAGGACCUGAAGGCGCCUCCCAGACAGUUGAAACUGUCUAUGAAAGACAUUCGGUGGCAGUGGAAGCAUGACGGCUGCCCGAGAGCUGUGAUGGGGAACCCUAGCGGGAAACAAGAUCAGGUCCGGGCUUGGCGUAAGUUUUGUACAACGGCACUCCAUAAGGCGCCUCACAACAACUUGUGGAUUCUCGCGGAUCAAAAGGAAGAGGAGACCCUUAAGAAGCAAAAUGCUGCCCUGCGUUCUUAUUUCCCUCUCCCAAUGGCCGGAAAAAAUGUCUGGAAACUGGCCGUGGAAUUUUUCGAAAAGUGGGAGACGGGUAGAUUGCUGAGCCACGACGGAGCGAAGUGGAUCGUAAAAAAGAAGAAGGUCAAAAACGUCAAGCCUGGGGUCGCCUACAUCCACAACGACAAGUUGGGCAGAACUGAGGUGGUGUACAACGUCCCCGUGGACCCACCAAAUAAGAAAGGCAAAAAGGAGAAAGAGGAGGGCGAUUGGUUUGUGCAAGUGCCCGACCCGGACGCGCAUUGUUGGAAAGCAAUGGAAUCACUCACGGAUAAUGAGAAGUGUCGCGUUCUUAAGAAGGUGCUUGCUUGUGAGGCCGUUUGGGUCCAGGCCGGCUCCCCGUCAUUGCCGAAGUUGGGGAAGCUCAGCGUGCAGGACAUGGUGCAGUUGGUGAAGUGCAACCGCGUGCUGGUCCCGUUGUGGAAUUACUACCAAUUCAAACACGAGAAGAGGCCGAACUGGGAUUGGAUCCAAAGACUGAAGAGCCGUGAGGUCACCAUUGCCGAAGGCAUUGUUCACAUUAAAUGGAAAGACACGGGGGACGCGACAUCCAUCGCGCCGUUCGCUAACGACCCUUUGGAGGCGGACAUCAGGGGUGCAGAGCUAAAGGAAGCAGUGGCUGCCAUAAAGAGCCACACGUUCGUCCUCGAUCUGUGCGAGCUGGUUGACCUCAAACUGUGGAAGGCCCAAGCAUGGGAAACUUUGGAUUCCUAUCUUCAGACUUGGUGUCCGUCGCAUUGGACUCUCGUUGUUUUCGUGCCGCAGCAGCACAACCUCACGUUUCUCGCCAGCAUGCACCAUCUUUCUUUCGUCAAGCUGUUGGAAGGGAAGUGGGUGAGGAGAGUUCAGCAAAAGAAAAGUUUCCCCAUUGGGAACAAUUUGUACACGGAGGAAGACCGCAUGUACAUCCUCUUCAAGGGUGACGAUCUGCGCGCCAACACGUCUGUGGUCUACGAGGGAAACCUACCUUGGGGUGCCGCUGCUGCGGUGCGAUUGCCUCAGAGGGUCACCCAGACGGAUGUGUGCGAGAUUCCCUUUGUGCCUUGCGAUUGGUCGCUGGUGGUGCCGGAACGACAGGGCAAUGUCUACGGGGAUAUGGAAUGCAAUCCGAUACAAUUCGUCGGUCUUCUUGAUUUCCUUGGCAAGAAGGGAGAGGGUGUUAUGUUCCUUGGGGAACCGCACGCGCAAAGCGUCUGGGAUCUUCUGAAGGCCGGCCGGCACGUUGUCGCGAUGGAAGGGAACACCGAGCUCUUGCAAUUCACGAUGCAGAUGGUGAAAAGCGAGGUUAAUUCGGGCGGGCACAAUAGUGAGUUCAUGGUCGUGAAGCCAACACGAGAUAAGGUGUGGAGCAACAAGACGGAUAUGUGGUUCAAGUUGAGCGAGAGGAAGAGGAACAAGAUAUACGAUUUCUUGUUCUUUCAAACACGGUCGAGGAAGGACUCAGACGCCGAGUACGUCCGCCGGAAGGACCACAUGUUGGCACUGCUCGACAACUACCACUUCGCCUCCGGCAUGAACGCGAAGACGUUUCUCGAUAGGCUGCAGUCAUCGUACUACGUGGAGUCCGAGGAGCUGUUAAAGUCGGGGGAGCCAAGCAAGGAUCCCGAAAUUGGCAGCAUUGCGGCGCGGGACGGAAACGUCGGAAAGGUGUCGCCUGAGCAGGAGCGACGACCGCAAGGAUUGCAGCAAGAGGCUGCAAGUACAGGGUCCGGCGACAUGGAGACGACGAAGUCCGCCGAGAUCCGAACUUCUUCGGGCGGGGGGUGUCGGCCAGGGAUAGUCGUGCCGUUAAGAGGGGCAGCGUGCACGGAGACGGAAGGGCGGUUCUCGGGAUUCAGCACGUAUACCACGGAAGGGGAUGAGUUUCGUGGAAGGAAAGUAGGGGAGAAAAUGGAGGAACGGAGGGGAGCGCAAAAAGGGGAGGAAGAAGGGGAAGAAGAGGAGGAAGGGGAGAAAGCGGGAGAAACGGAGCUACUUGGUUUGCUUGAAGAAAGGGAGGGUGCCUGAUUUGGAGACGACGAAGUGGAGCACAGUGAGGACGAUGCCGGAUCUGGAGAGUCGUCUGACGAGUUCGGACAACU